AUGGCUGAUGAUCUACUCGAAAAAUGCUCUAAAUUAAAACUAUCUGAUGAGGAAAACGAUGUGGUUGACUUAGGGGAUUCAAUUCCCCAAGAAAUUAACGAACAGGUUUCUUUGAUGUUGGUGGGGAAACUUAUUACUAACCGACCUUUCAACACUGAUGCUUUCAAGAGAACCAUGACACAUGCAUGGGAGGUUAGCCGGAAAGUGGUGAUACAGUCGGUGACGGCUAAUUUAUUUGUAUUCCAGUUUUUUCAUUGGCGUGAUCGAGAGAAAGUUUUGGAGGGUCGCCCCUGGUGUUUCGACCAAAGUCUGCUUGUUUUGAAUGAAUUGUCGGGGAACGAACAACCUGAAAAAGUCCCUCUCUCGUUCUCACCAUUCUGGGUACGUAUUUAUCAUUUACCUUUUAACUGUCGAUCUGAUAAUGACAUGCGUGCUAUUAUGACUGCUUUGGGACAUGUGAUUACUAUUGAACCAGAUGCUCUUGGACUAAGUAAGUUUAGACGAGUACAAUUGAUGUUGGACAUUAAUAAACCUUUGCGUCGAACUCAGAAAAUAAGAGGUAAAGAUGGACGAAUUAUUACCGUGGACUUUAAGUAUGAACUGUUACCCUUUUUUUGCUUCAUGUGUGGGAUGAUGGGACAUGGGGAGAAAGAUUGCCCUAGUCAAGAGGAGGAUGAAACUAACUGUAAUUUGGGAUGGGGCUUGUGGUUGAAAGCUUCACCUCGAAAAGGGCGAAUCAAGUAUUUGGAGGAGUAA